CGUUCCUUGGUAAUUAUCUCCAGCUUAAGUAUCAUCUGUUGAGAAAAGCGAACAUGUACAUUUGAUUGAUUCAGGUCGGAAAAAACUAAACUUGAAAUGCAUGCUAUGAGAGACAACGUGUCAGGUCGAUCUGUUUGAGUGACACCCGUUUGUUUAUAAUAAUAGGAAGGAAACGUACAUCAACAUUUAUUGUAGGUACACAGAUGACUAUAUAGAUCAUGAUUCGAUGCUAUAUAAUGUUAAGUCCAUGGAACGCUCUGACAGUUAGCUUUGUGAAAAGGUCCAUGAUGGAUUACCGUUAGCCAACCGACAAUCAUGAGAAGCCAUCAAUUUAUUCUUGUGCCAUUUCUGGUUAAUCUACUGUGUCUAUUGCAGGAAAGUUUGACUCUAAAGUGUCGCACCGAGGAGGGUCCGACUAGUGAGGAGGUUCGGAGAGUAAUACGAAUUUGCAUGAAUCGUAUAGGUACAGAUGAUUCAGAAAACAAAACUACCACCGGUUAUGAGUACAAUGACUACGAUUCACCGCAUUCGGAAAUGACUAGCGAAGAACAAGGUGAGAACGAAGCAAGAAGACGCGAUUCCAAUCAAAAGGGAUAUGGUGGUGGUAUAAACAGAAACGACAGGGAACGCAAUACCGGCGAUAUUCGAAAUGCUGGCCGCAAUCAACAAGCGAAUGGAAGAAACGGAAAUGAGAACCACGCAUACGGUAUGAGAAAUCGAAAUAACGAUGGAAUAAACCGGAAUGGACGAUAUAAGCGGCAGUUUUACGACGAUGAUCCACAGGGUCGUUAUGGUUAUCAACAAACCGAUCGGUACAACCAAGACAGGAACAGGUUUAUGAAAUCCAACGGAAAUAAUUCUGGUGAUAGUGCCAACCGUGAUCGUGCUUGUUUUAUGCAAUGUUUUUUCCAAGAGAUGAAAAUGACUAACAACGAUGGCUUUCCGGAUAAGCAUAAAGUUCUGCACGUGAUAACUAAGGAUAUGAGAAACUCCGAGUUGCGAGAUUUUUAUAUCGAUUCAAUACAGGAAUGUUUCCACAUGAUAAGCAUGGAUAAUCAAUUGAAAGAUAAGUGCGAUUUCGCUUUGAGGUUCGUUUCGUGCUUGGCAGAUCGAAGUCAAGCCAAUUGCAACGACUGGGAAAACGAAACUAUCAUAUUUUAAUGUGUAAGUUUCUUGUAGCACCUUCAAAUACACUACAACCAUUAAAAUGUUGCCGUCAGCAUCUUAGAGCUAAAGCAGUGUGCCUUAUUAAAUAUACUGUUAAAUAAAAAACACCAUUAAAAUGUCUCUCAUAGCUGCACGGAAUAAUAUUCGUUAUGCAAUAUAAAUAAUGUCUCUUGACACAACA